AGCAUAAGAUAGUGUAGGUAGCGUUGUUAUGAGAAUAGUGAUUGUCUUUUACCCGCCAAGACCGAGCGUCUACUUCAAUUGACAAUUCUCUAAUUCCCUUCCGACUUCUCUGUAAUAGCGACUGAUCAUCUUCGUCCAGUCUUGUUGCGGGAAUAGGGUUACCUUGUCUCCCCCUACUUUGUUCUUCAUUUUCAUUAAAAUCGUCAUUGGUUUCGAUGAAAUGGACGAAUUUAGGGUUUCUGAACUUGGAAGUCCCAUCGUGAUUACUGAAGUCGAUGCCAAGGACAACGAAAACUGCAGUAUUUCGAAACUAAUUUCUUUCCUUCAGUCGGCUUACAAGCCGGCAGAUUUCCAGAAGGUGGAAAGGAUAUUGACAUCGAGAGAAGAAAAAAUGAGAAUUCAGAUAAAAGGUUUGCAAGUCGAGGUAAAGAGAAGUUCAGAAGAGUUGAAAGUAAAGGGCACGGAAAGACGCUGUGUUGAAUUAGAAAAGGAGUUGGAAGUUUACCGAACCAGGUGUAGAGAGUUGGAAGAAAAGAACAUGAAGGCUCAAAAUGACUGUACGGUUUUGUCAAUGGAACUGGAGAAGAGGAAGAAAGAGUAUGAAACUCUUAAGGGUAGCAAACUCGAUAUUGAAGACAAACUCAAGGAGUAUAAGAGUUCGUAUGAUGAGCUCAAGCAGCGGUUUACUCGUUUGGAAGAAGAUCACAAGGUAAUCUGUGAAAGAGAGAAAAAUGCAGAAGAAAGAAAUACUAAUUUGUCAGAGGAGAUCAAGAAGAUAAAGGAAGAUGCAGAAGAGAUGUACUUCCAACUCAAGAGGGAGAAUAGGUUAUUAGAGCGUGUUAAAAGGAAGUCCAAGAGUGAGAUUAAGGUUUGGAAGAAGGAGUUGGGGGAACUGAAUUUGCGAGUGAUAAGGUUGGAAGAAAAGGAUAUAGCUUUGAGAGCUACGCAGGAAGGAGAUUUACCGGAGACAGUUCCUUGCAAUGACAAAGACAAGAACGAAGUAAGAACUACGAGCAAAAUUCAAAAUGAUGUAAAUCGUGGAAUUAGCAGUCCCGGCUUGGUCGAUCAGCAAAACAAAGAGAAAUUGCUGAAUGCUGAUGGAAAAAUUAAUUGUUGUGCCAAUGUAGGGUCUACUUGCCUUUCUCCAAUUAAAGGAAGUAAACCUGUGCAGGUCCAAGUCCAAGCUGCAGGUCCACCUUCUAUUUUUGUUAAUGCCCAGGAAGAGAACAAAAGGGCUCCUAUGGAGUAUGGAACCAAAGUGUUCAAAAGUGAAGAGAACAAAAAGAUCAAUCCAUCCACGGUCACUAAUGCUAGACCUGCAUUUGGAGGUGUCAUUGACAUCAGUGAUAGUGAUGAUGAAACGUGUACUACUACUGUUCCUUCUACUAACAUUGGGAAUGCUGGAGAAACUUCUACUUUGGUUGAGGAGCUGAAGUGUUUAAAGUGGAGACAUUCAGAUCAGAGAGGAGGAAAUGAUAGAAACUGUGAGGAGAAUUUUCCAUUCACUUCAACAUCCAAAAGGAAGCGAAUUAUCAGCAUUGAGAGUGAGGGUGAUGAUGAUGAAGAUAAAGUUUCAAUUAGUAAAUAUAUGACAAAGAAACAUCAAGAGUUAGGUCGCAAACCCUUUUGUUCUCCCAUGACUCAUUCUGUAGCUCCUAUUGUAUUUUCUCAGGGUGACAAUGCUGAAGAAUCAAUGGCUGCAAGACAGCAUCUCAUCACAUUAAGAAAGUGUGAAGAAAAAAUGGGUGAAACAGAAAAGUUCUCUAUGAGUCAAUUGGGGAAUAGUGCAUCUAAAUAUCAGAAUCCAUUAAAUAAAACUGUUAAGCAUGCUGAAGAGGAUGAGAUGGAAGAAACUGGUUCAGAAGGUGAGGGUGAGAGCUUGGGUGGAUAUAUUGUUAAUGGCUUUGGUGAUUCGAAUUGUAAAAGUGCAUCUAGUGAUUCAGAUUGUGUAGUGGAGAGUGAAGCCUAUGAACAUAUAGCAUCAAGGACCCAAAGAAGCAAACGUGAUAAAUUAGAAUGGGAGUAUGUGGCAGACAUGAUUUCGUCAUUUGACAAGGAUCCUAAACUCUGUAUGAAGGCUGUUUGUGCUCUUUAUCGGCAGCAAGCAUCCAAGGAAAAAUCAAUUAAAGGUUCAUUAUGUUCUAACAGCCAAGGGUUUAAUAAGCUUGAUGCACUCAGGGGCACUAUAUUGGCUGAGUUUCUUACUGAUGGGGACCCACAAGGAGAUCUAAAGAAGUCUGUUGAGGAAUUGGAAAAGUAUGAUCCUAGAGGGCUUGAGGAAUGCAAAAAACUGGCUAUUAACCACUCCGCACAGUUAUUCAAUAUUUACCGGAACAAGGAGGAUCCCUUAUUUCUUGCCAAUAGGACUAACUGAAUCUUGAUCAAAGAGAAGAGUAGGUCAGACCACAAUGCCCGAAUGUCUGAGAGGAUGGUGUUUUGUUUUGUUUCACUUUCAGAUGACACCUAAAAUUUUUCUCCCGGCAUUCCGGCGUCUAGUAUACAGCAGAAUAGACUAUGUAAAUUCUUCUGUCCUGUUCACUGAUGCAAAUGUGUAAUGCGCUUCUUUGAGUUC